AUGGCUGGUGGAAAGCAGGAGCUUAAGAGAAGCUUAACUAUUAUACCUUGUUUUGUGUUUGUGGAGCUGGGGAUCAUGGCUGGCACAGUGGUGCUGGCUUACCACUUUGAGUAUUCAGAUACUUUUCCGGUGCACUUUCAAGGAUUCUUCUGCUAUGACAACACUUUGGCCAAACCCUAUCCUGGGCCAGAGGACAGUAGCCAAGCACCUCCAGUCCUGGUCUACUCUCUUGUUACUGCUGUCCCCACUGUCACGAUACUUAUUGGAGAACUGGCCGCCUUCUUCUUUCAACCCACAAGGCAUAAGGAGAAAACUAUCAUCUCGGGAGAGUGCUGUUAUUUCAAUCCCCUUUUGCGCCGCACGAUCCGCUUCCUGGGUGUCUAUUCCUUCGGCCUCUUCACUACCACCAUCUUUGCUAAUGCAGGCCAAGUGGUAACCGGCAACCAGACUCCACAUUUCCUGUCCGUGUGCCAACCAAACUACACUGUGCUGGGUUGUCAACCACCCCCAGGCACCAUUUACGUCACAGACAAGGCAGCCUGCACUGGCAAUCCUCUCCUGGUCACUGCUGCCUGCAAGGCGUUUCCCUCCAAGGACGCUGCCCUGAGUGCCUAUGCGGUGGCAUACACUGUGAUGUAUGUCACGCUGGUUUUUCAGCUGAAGGGCUCCCGCUUGGCCAAGCCAUCCCUGUGCCUGGCACUCCUGGGCCCAGCAUUUUUGGUGGGUGUGGUGCGUGUGGCUGAGUACCGGAACCAUUGGUCUGAUGUUCUGGCUGGGUUCCUCACCGGAGGGGCCAUUGCCAUCUUUCUGGUGACGUGUGUGGUCAACAAUUUCCAAAGCCCCAUAUCCUCAGCCAAGAAAGUUUCUCCACCUGAAAAUCUACCCAGUAUCCCAAUCUUGGGAUUGCCCUGUGUUGACAGUUCCCUUGACAAAUUAAGUGUGGCUCAACAGGUGAGGGACGCCCCAGAAGAACCGGAGUUUUCUACACUACUUUCAAGAGGUCUGGAAAGGCAGCUAGCACGAUCUCUACAGUUGGCAGCACCUGGCAGCGCAGCAAUGACCCGUCCCUAUGAAAUCACAGAGCUGUGUUCACAGAGGCCACUUGAUUCUCAACUAUGUCUCUUUCCCUCUACCCCAGAUGUCCUCAUUCCCUCCCGGUCGGUCACCAGUGAAGUCUGA